AUGCGCUUGCCGUCGAGCUUCGCCGUACUUGUGGCCGGCUUAGCCCAGACGCAAGCCCAGUACCUCAUCAAUGAGCUCAGCUUCGGUCAUGGCAGCAGGAUAAGCCCCGAAGGAACACGAUCGAUACCGCAUUUCUCCCUCCAGGGCCGACCCAAUGUCCCCGAACUGCUGUCUAACAAGGUCAUACUCACGCCCGUAGCGCCGGGGAACCAGCGCGGUGCGGUCUGGGGCGACAACACGCUCCAGCAGCAAAACUGGAUCGCAGACGUCGAGUUCCGCGCCAAUGGUCCGGAGCGGGGAGGUGGCAACCUCAACAUCUGGCUUGUGAGGGAUGGCGCGCACAUCAUCGGGUCGGACAGCGUCUACACGGCGGGGAGGUUCGAAGGCCUGGCGCUGGUGAUCGACCAGCACAGCGGGUCCGGGGGCAUGCUGCGCGGCUUUCUCAACGACGGCACGACCGACUACCGGUCGCACCAGAACGUGGACAACCUCGCCUUCGGCCACUGCACCUUCUCGUACCGCAAUCUGGGCCGUCCGACGCAAAUCAAGCUGCGCCACACCGAGACCAAGUUCAGCGUCGAGGUGGCCGGCCGUCUCUGCUUCGAGAGCGACAAGAUCCGCCUCCCGAGCGGCUACCACUUUGGCCUCACGGCCGCCUCGGCCGACAACCCGGACUCGUUCGAGGUCUUCAAGCUGGUCGUGCUCACAGGGGAGAACAACAACGCCAACACCCACAACCAACAACAGGACUCCGGCAACAACCAGGGUGGCAGCGAUUCCGCCGGCGGCAAGAAGCGCAUGUUCUUCGGCCGCGGGGGCCAAAGCACUGUCGAGGACCCUUAUGACAACGUCAUCCCGGACUCGGAGGCCGAGUCCAUCACGUCAUCGAAGGCGCAGUUCGCCGACCUGCACAACCGGCUGCAGUCGGUCAACCACCACCUGUCCAGCAUCUUCCGGUCGAUCGCGCAGAAUGCGGGGGUCGACGAGCAGCGGCACGCCGAGAUGUCGGUCAUGGUCGGCGAGGUCAAGGGCCUGCUGACGCGGCUCGAGAAGCUGGAGGUGCUGGAGCGCCGGAUGGCCGACGUGGAGCGCGAGAUGCGCUCGAUGCACAACGAGAUCAAGGGCCGGCUGGCCGACUCGGAGAACAGCAUCAAGUACCACGUCAGCGACAAGCACGAGGCGCUGUCGCAGAAGGUCAAGGCGCACACCAAGAGCGGGCACACCAGGCUGAUCCUGGUGGUGCUGGGCAGCCAGAUGUUAUUGAUCGGCGCCUUUGUCUACUACAAGAAGAGAAAAACGUCGCCCAAGAAGUAUCUUUGA